UCUGGUGUCAACCAAAACAAAGAUGUCUGCGUCCAGGAAUCUGCAUGAGUUAGAUCGAUUUAGUUUGCUAAUAUCUGUGUGAAAAUUGUGAAUAAGUGUUGUGCUAAAGAGAGAAAGGGACAAUACAAAUAUUUUUCUAGCUAGGUUAGGGUAGAAGAAUAAUUUUGCAAGUAAGCUAUAUGAGUCGAAUGUUGAAAAGGCAAGGGCAUACUCAUCCAUUCGCUAAAUCAGAAUUUGCACACUGAACGAAAUAAACUAAACGAUUCAUUUGUGUCGAGUGCAGAAUGUAGAUCCUAUUCGUCCAAAUUCUCUAGCUAUUAUUAAUGAAUCUUAUUAUGUUAGGUUUUGAAACGAGUGGUGUAGUGUGCAAUGGCGAUACGGAAUUUAUAAGUGUAAAGAAAUUCAGAGGAAAGUUAUUGUUAUCUGCCGGAGGCCUUAGCUAUAAUAGACUAUAGUAUUACGCCAGAUAUUAAACUGCACUGAGUGAUAACCUAUUUAUUAGGUAAUUAGUAACAGUUACAGUUACAGUUUGGAUCUACGAAGGACACAAUAUUCCUAUUUGUUUUAGAUAAGACGGCAAACUGAUAUCAUAUCUUUGUUUUCAAGUUUCUAGCGUGUGACAUUGAUUAAGAAGAAUGGGGAAGUAUUCGUCUAAAACAUGUCGUCUGCUGAUGAUGUUGGGGCUGACGGCGAGUUUUUUUCUGGUGGAAAUUAUAGUUGGUUAUAUCACCAAUUCUAUAGCCCUGGUGGCUGAUUCUUUUCACAUGUUAUCAGAUGUCGUGGCUUUAAUAGUUGGAUUCGCCUCUGUUAGAAUAUCUAAAUGGCCGUCCAAGAGAAAUACAUUUGGUUGGGCAAGAGCAGAAGUUUUGGGAGCCAUGAUAAAUUCUGUGUUUCUUGUGGCAUUGUGUUUCUCGAUUUUGGUUGAAGCUUUGAAACGAUUGAUAUUAAUAGAAAAAGUCGAAGAUCCCAAGUUAUUGUUGAUUGUUGGCAGUGUUGGUUUACUGAUUAAUUUAAUCGGUCUUUGUCUUUUCCAUGAACAUGGUCACUCUCAUGGUGGUGGUGGAGGACAUGGACACAGUCAUGGUGGCAAAAAAGGUCAUGAAAAAGGGAGUCAUAGUUAUAAGAAUGGAGGUCACAGUCAUGGAAAUGGCAACAAUCAUAAUCAUAACCAUAAUGGGACUAGUGAUCAUUGUCCACAUACAGAAGAUCAGGCUUUAGUGGAGAAAGUGUUGAACCAUGAUGGAACCAAUAAUGUUGAUUUGAUCACAGCAGCAGAGGAUGUUGAAGCUGGUGCUACAGGAGAGCAUUUAACUGUUGCGAAUAGUUCUCAACUGAAUAUGAGAGGAGUAUUUUUACAUGUAUUAGGUGAUGCAUUAGGAUCUGUUAUAGUUGUAAUAAGUUCAUUAGUUAUAUGGUUUGGUGAAGGAGAGUGGAAAUAUUACGUUGAUCCAGUUAUGAGUAUUUGUAUGGUAGUAAUUAUCCUUGGAACUUCCAUUCCAUUAUUGAAAGAUUCAUCUAGUAUAUUAUUACAAACUGUGCCUGCACAUAUAGAAGUUGAAGAUAUAAGUGAAAAAUUAACACAGAUUGAGGGUAUUUUACAUGUACAUGAACUCCAUAUAUGGCAAUUGACUGGCAAUAGAAUUAUUGCAUCUGCUCACAUACGUUGUCUUAAUCCUGUUGUUUAUAUGAAAAUAGCCAAUGAUGUUAAAAAUUUCUUCCAUAAUGAAGGCAUACAUUCCACGACCAUUCAGCCAGAAUUUUUUGAGUUGGAGGCACAGACAGAGACAGAGAGAGAUUGUGUUUUAGAAUGUGGACCAGAUAAAAACUGUCAUCUUGAUACGUGUUGUGGUAAGAAGAGCGGGAGUCCAGCACGACCUAUCAAACCUGUUCAAUCAUUUAGUGAUGGUGAUCAAAAUAAAACGAACAAAGCCAGUAUUAACAUGCAGGCAACAAGUGUGUAAACAAUAAUUAAUUAUGUUGUUACAUUUCUAACUAAUGUUUAUCAUCCCGCCACACACAACUCGAUCGAUCAGUGGAAAUAUAUAGAAAUAAGAUAGUUGCAUAUGAUAUGAUGAUGAAUAGUUGACUUUGUGAGCUGGGAUAGUUAAAAUUAUAGUGAGGUCCUGUUAUACUGUCAAUCAUAAAUAUAUACAAUUGUCGUCAUUUUAAGUUAAUGUUCAAAUUCAUGUAGUAUUUCAUCUUUCAUUUCAAUCAUGCAAUCACUAAUUGUCUCAUGGUUUAUAUUAUAUGGCCAAAAAAUGUUCUGGUUCCCAGAGAAUUCUUCGAAACAAAUUUGAUGCAGGAAAGAGGUUUUCAAUUUUGUUGUAUUUUCUUGUCAAAGGAACACUACUUUUCUAAAUGACUUCUCAUAAACAUUUAUCUCAUCAUGUUUAUAGGAAUGUAUGAUUGAUUAUUCAGUUUCAUUUAUCUAGGCUGCAUACCUGAUAUUUGAGCCUACGGGUGAUAACGACUGAGAAACAGAAUAUAUUUUAUAUGGCCUAUGCGACAUUAGAAAGUUAUGGCUUAGAGUUUUGAGAGUAGAUCGAGCUCGUGGUAAUUUAGAAAUACUUGUUUGAAAGAUUGUAAAUACAAGCUGUUAUAGAUUGUAAAUACAAGCUGUUAUAGAUUGUAAAUACAAGCCGUUAUAGAUUGUAAAUACAAGCUGUUAUAGAUUGUAAAUACAAGCUGUUAUAGAUUGUAAAUACAAGCUGUUAUAGAUUGUAAAUUUGAUGUCUGUUGUGGUUAAUUGUGAUUCACCCGGUGACUGUUGAGUUAUUAGAAUGGAUAUUAUUAUUAUUCUUCCAUAUACACACCAGCUAAAUAAUGAACAAAAUUAACAGGCCAAACCAGUUUUAUUUUUAGUUUUUCAGGUGUCUGAUUAGAUAAAUGGCCAUUGUAGUCUUGUGAAUGUUGUUUUGUUUGUAGGUUUAAAAACCUUGAUAUUUGGAAUUUGAUUAGGCUGUCUAGAUAAAAUUUCCUACAUAGCAUACUUCAUGCCAUAUUUCUUGUACAAAUUCUUUUUAUAUUUCAACGACCAACAAGAAAUGAUAAUUAAAUCACAAAUCAAACUAUAGGCAAUUUAAAUUAUUUUAAUAAUCAGAAAAUUUCAUUGACUUUUCUUCUUUUUUUUUGGAGAAUUAGAUUUUUAGUAUGAAAGAAAUUUAGUUAGGAUCUUCUUAGUUUUAUUGUGAAGUUAUUGCCAAUGAUCAGAAAGUCUCGUUGAUUUUAUCUUGAGAAUCAGAAUUUAUUUUAGUUUGUAGUGCGAAAGUGAAAUUUCGGUAGGAUCUUAUUGUAGAUUUUAUUUUUAUUUUUUAAAAGUUGUUUUGGAUAUUAUAAAUGGAUCAUUAUGGAAAUCCUGUAUCAUGUUUAGUAUUUAUAUUUGUUGAUGAUAUCUGUAAAUUAUUUCAUAUUAUCCAGACAAUUGUUAAUUGUACGUCUCAUGUAUAUUUUAUUGCAUCCGUAAAAAAAACCCAUAAAAACUUGACAAUAUAUGGAGUUAUUUCCCAUUGAAGGAUAAUUUUCAAAUAUUUGUAAUUAGAUAUCUGGGAGUGGGACCAAACUUUAGCUUUAUUUGAGAGAAAUUAUUCUUAUGUAUGGUGAGUUCUCUUGAUGGUUGCACAGAAACAAUGUUUCCAUAAAACUUACCAAUAUAUGGAGUUAUUUCCCUUUGAAAGACUUUUCCCUGGGAUCUUCAAUAAUUUUCAAGUGAAAUUAAAAGCUAGACACUGAACUUUUGCUUUAUUUGCAAGAAAUCCUUUUAUGCAUUGUGAGUUUAUUUCAUGUUUGCUGAGAAAAAAUCCCAGAUUAAUUUAUAAAUGAUAUUAUUAAUUAGAGCUAUAUCAAAGUAUUAAAGAUAUCAAAUUGUUUUUUUAUACGCCCACAUUUUCAUCCUGAGGUUUCAUGUUGAUGUUUUAUGCCGUUGCCCCUGUCCGUCCGGACGUCCGUUCCUUUUGAUAUUGGCAUGUAUGAAAAAUCUUGUUUUUAGCUUGUGGACACUCUAGAGGUCACAAUUUUCAUCUGUUUUUGAUGAAACUUGAAAUGCAUCUUUAUAACCCAAAAAUCUUGGUUCCUUUUGAUAUUUGUGCAUACCUAAUGUUGGUUGAGUUCAAAAUUUGUGAAAAUUGGACCCAAACUGCCGGACAAAAUGGCCUCCCCUUGUAUACAAAUAGUGUAAAAAUAUGGUAUAUCAAGGUUGUGGACCCUCUAGAAGUCUCAAUUUUUAUCCGAUUUUGAUAAAACUUUAAAUUUAUGUUUAUAUCACAAAGAUUCCUUUGGUUCCUUUUGAUAAUCGCACAUAUCCAAACAUUACUUUCUGGAUUAUGGUCCCUGAUCUCGUUUUUAUCUUGUGGACCCAUAAGAAGUUACAAUUUCUAUUCAAUUUUAAAAACCAUUUACAUAUAUCACCAUUACACAUCAUUGAAAGUUGAGUUCGAAUUUCGUACAAAUUUGACCGAAACUGACAGACCAAAUUGCCGCUCCUUGUACGCAAAUAGUGUUAAAGUAAUACCAAGGUUUUAGACACCCUAGAAGUCACAAGAUUUUCCGAUUUUGAUGAAACUUGAUAUGUAUGUUUAUAAUCCAAAGACCGUGGUUCCUUUUGAUAUUUGGGCAUAUCGGACUGUAACGUUUAAAUAUAUCACCAUUCCAACAUAAUGAAGGUACGAAACGUAACUGCCCUGACAAAAUGGCUGCUCUUUAUACGUAAAUUGUGUAAAAUUAUGUAAUACAAAGGUUAUGGCCCCUCCGAAGGUCACAAUUUUUAUCUGAUUUUGAUGAAACUGAAAAAUAUAUCUUUAUAUCCCAAAGAUCUCAGUCCCUUUCGAUUAUGGCCACUGAUUGUACGAAAAAUCGCUUUUUGUUUUUAGCUUGUUCUCUAUCCAUUUCUUGCAAAAUGUGGGCGUAUCUUUCCUGGCAACUGCAGGCUUUAUUUUGUAUAUAGAUAUUUGUAUUUAUGAUCUGAAUAAGUUAUUACCUACAGUGUAUAUUUUGUUUAGAAUUCUUCUUUAAAUUAUCUUAAAAGAUAUAAAAGCAAAUAUAGUAGCGUAGUUAGAAGGUGGGGUGGGGGGUGUAUAUUUUGUUUAGAAUUCUUCUUUAAAUUAUCUUAAAAGAUAUAAAAGCAAAUAUAGUAGCGUAGU